UCUAUCGGUAAUCACAGUCAUGCUAUCAAUGGAUCCGCAAAUUCUUGAUGAUUGUUUGUGUUUAGCUGUUUACCAAUUUCUCGCCUUUUCUUGUGCAUAUCUGAGGCGCCAAACAACACGUCCAAGCAGACCUUUUAAACUACCAAUGGCAAAAGCUGUGGUUGUGGGGUUGCUGGGCGCAGUAAAUUGUAGCCCCUUGCCUUCAAGAGACAUCCUUGCCGGGCAAGAGUUUUUGGAGCUUUACAUGAGAACUCAGCCAAGAAGCAGCGGGUCGUAUUUUAUAAACAACAAUAUUAUUCAAAACGAGGUUAAGUCGACGGUCCCACCUUUGACUUCGACGUCGAUACCCGUAGUAACGGAAGCAACUACGGGCGUCACGUCUUGGACGACGGAAGCCGAAGAGGAACCGUCGUCGGAAGUGGUCAAAGUCAGCGUCACUUCUAGCAUCGCCAGGCAGAUGGCGAAACCGCACGAAAUAACCAGAAUAGCGACGACGCUCGACGAGCCGACCAUCACCGCCAUUCAGAGGAGCCAUUUCGGCGUGGACGAGACAUCAGGAGUUAUUUCAAUAAAGAAAGAACCACCGGAAAGUUCGUUUACGGUUGAGAGGAGUCAAAAUGGAGAGAACACCAGCUUCACAGUGCGACAGAUACACCAAGGAGAUUCCACCAGCAGUUUCACGAUACAGAGAAAUGUUCCAAUCAAUUUAGAAAAAGUAGAAGAAAGGACUAGUUACACCGUCGUUUCGAAGCAAGAGCCUAAACAAGAGCCGUCGAAUGAGGAAGAGACCGUCGUCGAACAAAGGACGUUCACGACUGAGGCCAGGACGGCACGAGGAGACCCCGCCAAAACUGUCGAACCGGCUAAAAAUUGGCAAUACCAGAGGCCACCGUUCACCCCCAAACAAGAUAAUCACGACGAGUCGAAAAGUUACACGUCGACUCAAAUAAAUACCGAUGCUCCGAAAGCAGAAGAGUUCGUCGAGCGCCAGUCUACAAAGGCGUGGCCGCACCAGGAGAGGACGAUCUUCUCGACGGAACGGGAUCCAAGGGUGUACAGGCAGGAGGCCAGGAAAAACUGGGAGUAUCAGGAAAGGGUUUACGCAGAGCCGGAGAAGAACUACGAGGUUGACGAGGCCGUGAGCGUCAUGACCAACGGGAGGGUCCACGGUGUCCAGCCCGUCUCAACGCCGAGCCCGAACAAACUCGGCUACGUCGUCGAAGGGUCCAACUACAGGAAGUACCGCGUGGAAGAAAAGACACCCGACGGCUUCAUAGUCGGCGAGUAUGGCGUGGUCAGCCACGACGACGGAUCUCUGCGCGGGGUCAGAUACACGGCCGACUCGAACAUCAACCCCAGGCUCAUAUACGACGCUUUAGUGAAAUUCCUUUCGCUCAAAUAAUCCCUCGACGACUCGUUAGCUUUUGUUUUUAAAAAGUUCGAACUAUUGAGUUUUCUUUCGGGAUUCGAAUUCGAUGCGGCUAGUCAUGCUGACCGGAAUAUCCCAUUCUCGGGGCUAUUAGGACGACCCGGAGGGGACUCGAACGGGACCAGGAACGCCAUCCAGGAGUUCUUUGUCCCGUUUCGCCCUCGGCUUGAACUCAUAGCCCCACAACUUGUAAACUGAGAAAAAAAAUAAACCUUAGUCAAAGACCGCAUGCAUCAUACAAAAAUAAAAAGGCUUUCAUUCCUAAAGACGAUUCAAUCCCAGUGAACCCAUAUUUUGUAUCUUCGAUGUGUAUAUAUGUGUAUAUUUUAUAUUAUUAUUAUAUAGGUUUAGCUGUGUGUGACUCAGGAUUUUGAAUGAAAAUAAUAUAUUAUAAAAAAUA